AUGCACACCAAGAUUGGUUCUUGUGCCCACGGAGGCCUCCAGGAAGUCAGCAGACCUGUCGUGGUGCAGCUUAAUUGGAGAGGCUUCUCUUAUAAGGCGGGUACCUGGGGCCGAGACUCGGCACCCAGUCCAGCCUCUUCUCUCUACUGGGUGGCCCCUCUGCGUGAAGAUGGCAGGUACUUCGACUACUACCGGCUGCAUAAGUCCUACGAUGACCUGGUACUGCUGAAGAACUAUGAGCAGUGGAAGAUGGGCUACGGUGAUGGCAGUGGCAAUACUGUGUACAAGAACUUCAUGUACUUUAACUACUACGGCACAGGUGACAUGGCCAAGGUGGACCUCUCCUCCAACAGCCUGGUUCUGCAGCGCCCUUUGCCAGGCGCCACCUAUAACAACCGCUUCUCCUAUGCCGGUGUGCCCUGGAAAGACUUAGACUUUGCUGGGGAUGAGAAGGGGCUGUGGGUGCUUUAUGCCACUGAGGAGAGCAAGGGAAACCUGGUUGUGAGUCUCCUCAAUGACAGCACCUUAGAAGUGGAGAAAACCUGGCGCACCAGCCAGUAUAAGCCAGCCCUGUCAGGGGCGUUCAUGGCCUGUGGGGUACUGUAUGCCUUACGCUCACUGAGCACCCGUCAAGAGGAGAUCUUCUAUGCCUUUGAUACCACUACUGGGAAGGAGCGCCAGCUGAGCAUCCUGCUGGAUAAGAUGCUGGAAACACUACAGGGCAUCAACUAUUGCCCCUUAGAUCACAAGCUGUAUGUCUACAAUGAUGGCUACCUGGUCAAUUAUGACCUCAGCUUCCAGACACUGAAGCGCAGGCUACCAAGGCCACCAGCCAAAAGGCCCUCAGGGGCUCGGGCUCCACCAAAAGCUGUCAAACCCAGCAAGACCUCCAGGUCCUGAGACCCCAGGGCAGAGCAUUGGCAGAAGCACGUUCUCCUCUUUACCCUCCAGGUGGACCACUCCUCCAAAUGGCCACCACCCUUACUGAUUUGUAGUGGCAUUGAUUAUAUAUCUAGUUAGU